AUGAGUACUGACAGCAAGAAGCAGAACAAGAAGGAGCGGCUCCGCCGCUUGCUCUCGCAGCCCUUCCUCAGGUCGCGCCUGCCCUGCCUGCCCGAGGAGCCCGCCGCCAUGCCGCCAACCAUCGCCCCCGACGCCGCCGACCUGCUCGAGCAGGUCCAAGAGACGAUCGCGCGGAUCCAGAAGGCAAAUCCGCAAACCAUCACCAACGCCAACAAGGCGACGAUCCGCGACCGCAUCGAUGACGCCGACCUUCUGGCUCUGGAGAAGAAGGAUCUGGACGCCAAGGUUGCCGCCCUGAAGGCAUCCAACGUGUACCAGGCCGACUACCUCAAGCUGGGCUCUCGCUGGUCGCCGAACUCCACUGAGACCGAGCUCAGCACGCGCGCCCCGAUUGAAGACGUCCCGUCCGACGAGGAGCCUGAGAUCUGCGAGGCUGACGUCGCGAUUGUCUAUCCCGUCAAGAAGAUUCCGGCUGGCACGGUCAAGCUCGUCGGCACUGGUGCUCCCGCGCUCAACAGACGCCAGCGAGAAGAGGAGGCGCGCCCGCAAACGAAAAAUGUGGUGUCGUUCCAGGGUAUUAGAGCGUCCAAGGCCGCAGACAAAGACGCCUUCGAGAAGACGCUCCACCGAAAGCGCUCUUCCGACGACCUCAGGCGUGGAAAGGCUCACCUGGCUCACAAGAAGUCCACCGGGCCGUUGCCCGCGUACCUCGACUACUUCGAGGAAGAAGAGCGCAAGAAGAUCCUGGAUAUCCCUCGCGAUGCGCCGUCCACCUCCCCUCGUGCCCGCGGCACCCAGCACGGCGACGUCAACGAGUGCCCGCAGUCCUCUGCUUGCACCCAGGACUUCACCGCCGAGCGCGCCAUCCCUCCCGUUUCCCUCCAGCAGUCCGCCCUGUCGACCACCCGCCUCCCGCCCAAGUCCCCAAAGCGCGCUCCCCCCAUCGCACCCAUGAUGCCGCUCAGGACUCCCCCACCUCCCCCAAUCCCGAUCAAAUCCGCCUACCGUCCGUCCGGCGUCCCCUCUUCCACCGCCGUCCCGCUGCCCACGUCGCCCGUCCCGCCGUUCUGUAUCGCUCCUGUCCGAGGUAAGCCGUUGUCCCCAUCGACCCGCUCGCCGCUGAGCCAGGCCACGAUGACCGCCUCGCCGUCUACGAUACAGAGAAAUGCUCCGCCGCGCAUCCAGCUCCCCGUGCCAGGUCCCAACGCUGCGCUCCCAAGGUCAUCAUCUCUGCAGGCGCCAAUGCGACAGGAGUGUGACGAGGGUCAGCAUACCUUCCGUCCGAUCAACUUGAAUGCGGCCCGCAUGGCGAGCGCGUACCACUGCACCGGCAGCACCGAGAACACCGAUGGCCCUGCAUGUUGCGAGAAGUGUGGGAGGGAGGUGGAGGUGUGCAUGCAGUGCGAGGUGCCUGUGUGCAGCCUUGCGGCGUGUUAUGAUUGUGCGAACAUAAUGAAGGAGGAGGCUUGA